UUUCUACCGUGCCGACACCGUCAAGAUGACGAACAACUCGAUGGAAUCCAUGCAGAGAAAUACAAAACAAAAACAAAAAAAAAAGGAAUCUGACGCUGUCCAGGCUCGAACUGGAGACCUUGAGUGUGUUAGACUCACGUGAUAACCAACUACACCACAGUGCCUUUGCUUGUGCAGGCCUUUUACCCUUCAUGGGACAGAAGAAAUUUUGGUCUGGUGGGCCAGCAUUCUUCGUUCGGCUUUUGGACGCUUGGGUUCAGAAGGCCGAAAGACAAUUUCUACCAGCGUGUUCAGGCGACUCGAGUCAGACUGAUUCAUGCAUGCUGAAAGGAGGCAUACGAGGGCGAUAAGAGAAGAAGCGAAUGGUGCAUGUAUCUUGUGGGGAGGACUUCAUGAAUAAUAGGCUAAUAUGCGAUUUUGAAAGUUUCUUGCAUCAAUCUCCAAUUAGGUUUUCGACGUCAUAAUCAAAAAUCCACAAGAAAUAAGCGUCCUGUCAGCGGGGUUGGUGCAGGGCUUGGGUGAGUAAGCGCGGCGCUAACAUUCGCCGAAACCAAUCUGCGUCUUGUUUAGCUUGUCGCUGUCCAAUAUUGGAAAUCAACACCUCAAACGAAUACGGGAUGUCGAGUCAGCAAGAACGGAGGGUGUGGAGAAAUCAUCUCGAAGUCUUCAGUGAUGGCUAUUGGGCCCUUCUCGCGUGCGCAAGCGUGGAGAGAUCUUUGGUCAACACACCUGGUCGCUGAGAAGUCUACUUGUUGUCUGGCACAAGGCAAGGUGGAAGGUUGGGACGGGCUCCUCGCCCUCCCAGUCCGACAUCGAACAGCGGUGUUGAUUAUGAAACUUUCAUUUCUCGAGCCGCCCUUUACUAUGGAAAUCAAUGAGUCACCCUAGUCGCUCAAGAGCGGCCUGGGAUGCACGAAUGCGCCCGAAAAGACCUUGGCCAGAGGUUUGAUGCUCUGCUAUCGUUGGUUGAUGCUGACGUAAAUUGGGCCAGCCUGACAGUCUGGACUUCAUCAUAACAUGCAUGAAUACGAUUGGUUCCCUUAGGCACAUUUUUUAUGAGCUGUCCCAACGGGCUGGCCGGUUUAAUUAGUUAUGACCAGUUUCGAGUUUUUCAUCGGUGCAUCGGUGAUCAAGAACGUCGACCCUUGUUACAUGCGGUAAACUUGUGAGGUAUGGGGGUGAAGACACAGUAUAAGAAGAGGGUUCAAUCCAUCUCUUAACCUACAUAUUUCUUCUCUCCAUCAUCAAUUCAAAGUACCAAAGCUCUGAAAGAAUUCUCUAUUCUCAAAGAACAUCAAAGAAGACUUUUCUCAACUUGACUUUAUAUACCCUCACGAUAUCUCAAAUAGGAUCAUUUUCCUGAAGCAGCCAUUCCUGUGCAACGUUUAAUAUCAAAUCCUAUCGCGUCCUGACGAGCUGCCUCUCUAUCAAGCCGUCCGCAAAACAACAACGGAAAUUGUUAUCUUCAUCUUUCGACGAAAAUAUCAUUUUAUCAGAAAAUCCUAAACAUGGCUUUGAACUCUUCCUCUAAUCCUGCCUCCGUAGCGACUACAACUACCUCUACUCCUCGUGAGAGCUCUUCAUCCUCAGUUCGAAGUUCAUCAUCCAUCGCGAGAAUGAAGGCCAUCCUUCAUCAGUCGGCAAAGAAACCCUGCCAAACAAAGACCCAAACAAGUUCGAAGAACGUCCCCACUAUCAUGGAGGCCCGUGCUUCAUACUUCGCAACCAGAUAGCCAUCCAGACGCGAUAGAGUGGCCUAUAUGCCCUGCCUAUUUCGACCAGUUAUCUGAUAGAUGGAAUAAUUAGUGAGAAAUGACGUGUUUGGCUGGGAGCAUGUUUGGUGUUGAGAUUCCCUGUUGUGUCUAUUUCCUUAUUAUGAUACUUUCUUGUCUUUGUUUCCUGCCCUUUUCUGCUAUUCCAUCUUCAUUUGUUAUUUUCUUGUUACGACAGUAUGCUGGUUCCUAAGGAGGUGUUUCAUUGCCUCUCAGAAGGAAAAUUCUAGUUUGCGAACGGGUGUGCGCCAUAUAUCUUCCAACUUUAAUUCUGAUGCCUUGCUGUUCUCUUCAUGUCUUUUUGCUCCUUGUUUUGACUGGUUCAUUUUCAUCUAUAAUGAACCACCUGAUAUUAACAAUAUUAAGAAUAAGAAAUCAAAAUAUCACAUCUGAUUUUACUACAUA